CCACUGUUUUUCGCGCAACCAGCUGCCUCUGACACAAUCAGGAAAGAUGCUGACUAUAACACUGAAGACACUCCAACAGCAGACGUUCAAAAUCGAAAUAGACCCAGAACUGACGGUGAAAGCCCUUAAGGAGAAAAUAGAAGAGGACAGAGGUAAAGAUACAUUUCCUUCAGUGGGACAGAAACUCAUCUAUGCAGGCAAAAUCUUAAAUGAUGAUAUCCCACUGAAAGAGUACAAAAUCGAUGAGAAGAACUUUGUGGUGGUCAUGGUUACCAAGCCUAAACCAACCCCUGCUACUGAAGCAGUCACUCAGUCAGCUCCUCAGCCAGCUGCAGCUGCAGCUCCAGCACCACUCUUAGUUGCAGCCCCAGCUCCAGCCUCUGGCCCAAUACUGGUCCCCUCUACACCAAUACAAUCUGCUUCCAUACCUGCCUCACAGUCAGUGCCUCCCUCUGAAGCCCUGUCCUCUGUUCAAGAAAAGACCCCUGUGGCUUCUGUUGAAGCAGGAGCAGAAACAACUGUGGACUCGGACACAGAAUCAGAUCUGGCCUCUGGUUCAGCUGCAACUCCUGCCUCUUCCACAGCUCAAGAAGCUGUUCAGGGAACCCCAGCCUUAAUUCCAUCAGAGAGCUGCACCCCUGCUUCCCAGACAGAAGAAAAACUGAAGGAAGACCCAAAGAAUCAACAAUCUGACACCACACAAGUCCACUCCUCUGCUUCCAGCCUUGUUGAUGAACUGGGUCUUCUUGAAGAGGCAGCAUCAAUACUGGUGACCGGUCCAGCCUAUGAAAACCUUGUAUCAGAGAUUAUGUCUAUGGGGUAUGAGCGGGAGCAGGUUGUUGCUGCACUAAGAGCCAGUUACAACAACCCAGACAGAGCAGUGGAGUACCUGCUUAUGGGUAUUCCAGCAGGGGCCAGUGAUCUGCUCUCUCAAGAGUCAGUUAGACAGAGUACUCCAGCCAACCCCCCCACCCCUGCUAUAGAAGAACCACCACAGCAGCCCACAGCACCCUCCAGUAGACCUGUGUCUGACAGCCAACCUGCCACUGCUGGAGGAGGCUCUGGCUCCACAGGGAACCCUCUGGAAUUCCUGAGGAACCAGCCUCAGUUCCAGCAGAUGAGACAGAUCAUCCAGCAGAACCCAGCCCUCCUGCCAGCCCUGCUGCAGCAGCUAGGCAGAGACAACCCACAGCUGCUGCAGCAAAUCACAGAGCACCAAGAGCGUUUUGUUCAGAUGCUGAAUGAGCCACGAGGUGGAGACACGGGAGGAGAGGGUGCUGAAGCCCAGGGGUCACCACACACCAACUACAUCCAGGUCACCCCACAGGAGAAAGAGGCCAUUGAGAGGUUAAAAGCCCUGGGAUUCCCCGAAGGUUUAGUCAUCCAGGCUUACUUUGCUUGUGAGAAGAACGAGAAUCUGGCUGCUAACUUCCUGCUGCAGCAAACAUGGGACGAUGAGUAACACACAUCACCUGACACAUCACUGCUCAACAGAGGCCCAUAGAGUGGAUGACAGCACUGCACAGGUCCACCAGGGAGGAACAAGGGCAAGAGAGGAAGAGAACAUUUCUUUUCACACCAUGGGACUAUGGUCACUAGAUGAUGCUGAAGCUGAUGACAUGGUGUUCAAAGUUAGUUGCGCUGCCUACUCUCCAUUCAGCUAUGAUGAUCAUCAUAGGAGCUCCCACUGAGCAUUUCCUCACUGCUGCUAUAUCAUUACUGCUGAUGCUUGCACUGAGUGAUCACAAUCACAGAAGUCCCACCAGGAAAUUUGCCAACAGUCACCUUCACAGGCCAGCAGGUAUUUAGUUAGAGGAUUUCCUCUGCAGUAAGCUCACAGGCUGCCUGUAGAACAUGUGUUAAACUACUGAAUAUGUAAAGUAUAUGCAGAGUGUAUCUGUAGGUAAUAUAUAAUAAAUCAAAGAAAUGCAUUUUCAACAUGCAACCCUCCAUGUUGGAGUUCCCUGAAAAUGUGACGCAAACUGAGAGCUAGCAUUGAUUUAGAUCAAAGCUCGUAUUGGAUCCUUUCAUUUCUUCUGAUUCUUUUGUCCAUGCAAAAAAGUCCUUGAAAAUUCUUUCAAAUUCUUCUGGUGGUGUCUGACCAUGCAGAUUUUUCUUGCAGGAGCAUUGAAAUAUUACCACUCAUUCAACCAUUCCCCAAAAGAAAAAAAUGAUAAAAUGUUAGAAAUGAAACUAAAUUAAAUUCUAGAUAUAUAGUAGCCCAUGUCCAAGUACUGACUAGAAACCCCAACCCCUUGGGUCAGCUGAAAAAAAGUACACACUAUCUUCAGAGUCUUAUAAAUGAUGUGUUGAGUUUGUAAAAGCAUGCAUACAGAUUGUCUGAAUGGAGCACUUGUGUGUUGCAUUGGAGGUGUUACUGCAUUUCUUGUUUCCACUGUCUGUGUUUACACAUCUGUGGCCACAGGCUGAAAACUAUUCAAACAAUUUACAGUCCCUACUACAGGUGUCACUAUAUACAGUAUUGAUGAUAAAUGUUAUAUUAAAAAUGAAAAUUUCCUAUUGUAUUGAAAAUGCACAUCUGAAUACUGUAAACAGUCCGGUGCAGUUAGAUUACAGACUUUGCUGUUUAUCACAACUCUCUUCUCUUUCAGUAGCUACUUUACUGCAGCCACAGCUUAUCUGCACGUUUAUGGUUGGCUGAAGUAAGGUGAUGACUACUAACAGCAUUCACCUUUUUGCUGCUGCAGUAGCUUCUCUCACACAUUUAGACAAACUCACUUCCCACAACAAACCUGGUAAAUCACAAGUGCAGUUAAACUGUUGUUGCUUUGUUAGGUGAAGCUCUGAAGGCAGUUGUGUACAGUUGAUGUCUGCCGCUGCAUUUGAAUUUUUAAUAGCUCCUCCCUGAGACUGUGUCCCCAGUUUGUCAUUGAUUGAGUCACUACAGUCACUGCAGUUCCAUAUUCAAUUUUAACUUUAUGAUAUUUUUGUAUAAUCUGUCAGUUACAUUUGUUCUUACUUGUUUGGGUAACUAAUUUUUUACUAAAAGCCUUAUUAGGGACAAAAGUGAAUUUAUAAGGUCAUGUUAAUAUAGUUGAGGAUGAUUUUGACAGAAUUUUUUUCACAUUUUCCAUAGAUAUUGCGAUAUCAUGGAUAUUGUGAAUGCUCAUGUAGUGAACCUCUGAUAUUGUGACAGCCCUAGUCCAAAUAUAAUUUUUAAAACUGUAAUUCUAAUUAUUUAAAUUCAAAAGUACAACUGAAGUGCUAUCAUGAGUAUGCCAAACCAGAGGUGACAGUAUAACCCUAUCUAUAAAACCAGGCUGACCACUCUACAGAGUUUCUGAAUAUCUUUCUUCACCCUUGAAGUAAUUUCCCAAAAGUUCUGUUUUGAACUAAAACUACUUUUUCAUGUUUACAGAAAGUAAAAAUAUAUUUAAGAAUAGACAAAUCCUGAAAGAACAUCAUACUUUGAUACUUUCUCCAGCUGACCCAUGGGGGACUGCCGUUUUGUUAUUUUUCACUUACAAUUGCCACAGUUUUAACUGAUCAUUCUUAGCUUUUUGGAAGAAAUGAUUAGAAACUAUAGCCAUUCAUUGGUCAACAGACUUAUUGUGACACAUCCCACCACAGCUUAAAUUUGUUUAAUCAUUUGGGCCUUUCAUUAUUGAGGCUUUGGUUGUUAUUUUGCGCAUAGAAAAUGUGAAAGCAAAUUGUGAAGUGCUAUCUAGAAUAUUUUGUGAGCCAUCAAACUGAAUUUUAAUUUUUAAAUUUGUGUUUUUUGCAGCAUGUCCUUAGCUAGUCUGAUCAAAGAAAUCCAUGGUCCUCUUUUCUGUUCAGUUUGACUCAUAUAGCAUCUUCUAUGCAUUUGAAACUAUUAAAUGGUCGAGCCACUGUUCCUUCAUGCCUUAUAGUUAAAGACUUCAUUUUUUUUAUUUUACAGUCUUAUACUUUACAAUAUAAAAAAUCAAGUAUACUUCAUGGUAUUGUAUCCUAGGAUUGCUGAUUAUCAUUAGAUUAAUAUAAUUAUUGAUAAUCAGUUAUUAUUUUGAAAGUGGACUAAAGGGAAUUGUAAUUGAAGUCUUUUUUCAGCAUCCAGAAUGCCCUUUGCUGUUUCUCUGUUAUAUUUUUUUGUGUUUAAACUGGAAAUGGAAGCGUUGCAUUGUGUUGUUUUUGGGAAAAAACUGUGUGAGAGAAAAACUGUACUUUGCUGUGACAAAUGCUGCUCUUUAGCUUGCUGAUUGCAUGAGAUUGUUAUUUAUAGCAUGGCUUUAGUUUAAGGACUGAUGAAACUGCUAGUGUGGCAUCUGUCUGGUCUUAGUUUAUCUCCUGUUUUCUUUUUUGUUUUGUUUUUGGAGGUCUAUAAAAAUUACUUAAAAACUUAAAUAUACCAGGUGAGAAGUAAUU